AAAUCCGAACAGAUCAGUGUCGGCUCUUGGGUUCUGAAAAAGAAACGCUGAGACCUGACAACACACCAAAAAGGUUUGGAUCCAAAACACACGUUAUACAAACGGUUUACUACUUCUCCCGCCAUUGCUCGGAAGCAGCUUCUUCGGGAAAUGUGCUGAAACUGAGUCAACAUCCGAGUUAGCGAAGUGAAACUUGGUGGUUUAGACUAAUCGCAGGUUGGGUAGGUUUUGAAAGAAACCGCCUUUCCAAUCAGAAUGUUCAACUUCAAGCAAUGGUUGAUUCUUGUGGUAUGUUCAUUAGCAAUCUUGAAAGCAAAAGGAUUGCUCGUUAAUAUCACAUUUGUUCGUAACGCCGUCGCAAAAGGGGCUGUUUGUUUGGAUGGUAGUCCACCAGCUUAUCAUUUAGACAGAGGUUCUGGAACUGGAAUCAAUAGCUGGUUGAUACAGCUUGAGGGAGGAGGAUGGUGUCAUAAUGUAACAAACUGCAUUAGUCGGAUGCAUACAAAAUUAGGUUCAUCGAAGAAAAUGGUGAACAAUCUUGCUUUCUCAGCUAUUCUUAGUAAUAAGGAACAGCGUAAUCCUGAUUUUUACAACUGGAACAGAGUGAAAGUUAGAUAUUGUGAUGGGUCAUCAUUCACAGGAGAUGUGCAAGCAGUGAACCCUGCUACUAAUCUUCACUUCAGAGGUGCUCGGGUUUGGCUAGCUGUUAUGCAGGAGCUGCUAGCUAAAGGCAUGAGAAACGCCGAGAAUGCUGUUUUGUCUGGGUGUUCUGCUGGUGGGUUAGCUUCACUGAUGCAUUGUGACAGUUUCCGAGCUCUAUUACCAAUGGGUACCAAUGUAAAAUGUCUUUCAGAUGCUGGUUUCUUUCUCAACACAAGAGAUGUCUCAGGAGCUCAAUACAUUAAAUCAUAUUUUAACGAUGUGGUAACACUACAUGGAUCAGCAAAGAAUUUGCCAAGGUCAUGCACAUCAAGAUUGACCCCUGCAAUGUGUUUCUUCCCACAAUAUGUGGCUCGCCAAAUUAGAACUCCUGUUUUCAUUCUUAAUGCAGCAUACGACUCUUGGCAGAUCAAGAACAUCUUGGCUCCUCGUGCUGCUGAUCCUGAUGGAAAGUGGCAGGGUUGUCAGCUUGACAUCAAGAAUUGCCAACGAAGCCAGCUCAAAGUUAUGCAAGAUUUCAGGUUAGAGUUCUUGAGCGCAGUGAUAGGUUUAGGAAGAUCUGCAUCAAGAGGGAUGUUUAUAGACUCAUGCUACACUCACUGCCAAACCGAGACACAAACUUCUUGGUUCUGGCAAGAUUCUCCAAUUAUAAACCGAACGACAAUAGCUAAAGCUGUUGGAGAUUGGGUUUAUGAUAGAAAAUUGUUUCAGAAGAUAGAUUGUCCUUACCCUUGUAACCCUACUUGCCACCACAGGGUUUUCACUCCUCAAGAUGCUCCUCCAAUUUAAGGGAUUCUGCAAUAGAUUUGUUAUUUUCAAAGAAAAAGUUGCUUAUUAAAUUAUUCAGUUGUCACACACAUAUAGUGAGAUAUUCUUAGAGCUUAGCUAUAGAAGAGAAAGAAAAAGAGUGAGAUUCUUGAAGGUUGAUAAGCUUUGUUCAGCACUUGUCUUGUGUGCUAGUUGGUUGAGUUUCUCGGUUUCUCUUCCAUUCUUAUGUAAAAUGAAUUUUUUUUUUUUUACUUUUGACGGAAAAUUGGGAAAACAUGCCAUAUUGAGAAUAAAUUUGUCUACAUAUACCUUUGUAUUAAUUUGUCAAUAAU